AUGACCCCUAUUCAAUUCACCUUCUCAUCCGCCUUUAUGCUGGGUCUGGCGGGUCUGGCAUUCCAUCGAACCCACCUUCUGUCCGCCCUCCUAUGUCUAGAAGGAAUAAUACUCUCCCUAUUUAUCGCAUUUUCUUUAUGAGCCUUACAACUAGAUGCUACCAACUUCUCCACUUCACCAAUGUUACUCCUGGCAUUUUCAGCUUGUGAAGCAAGCGCAGGUCUCGCCCUACUAGUUGCAACUGCUCGAACUCACGGCUCUGACCAGCUAAAAAACCUAAAUUUACUACAAUGCUAA